UGGCAGCCCGCAAAAAGGGGGUAGCGGCUCAUUGAGUGGCUCAGUUGCAAGCGGUGAAGCGGCGGCCGGCGGGCACCUUGGGAUUGGCUUGGCUUGGCUUGCUGCGUCCCCGCGGAUCUUAACACCCUUUAAACUCUCUAAGCACUUCCCUUAUAAGCCACCGGCAGACCAUGCCCUCUCUAUGACGGUUACUUGUUAAGCUAACUCUGCAUGCCAGAAGACUGUCCUUGGUUGAUCCAAGGGCUUUUGGGGACUCCAGCCUCUCCCCAGUUUUUCUGUGUGUGUGUGUUCCUCUAGAACUUUCAAAACUGUUUCUCCAAAGGGUUUUGCAGAAACUUAGACUGUUUUCUAAAGCAGAAGCACCUCAGUCCACAGCAGUAGUGAUGGGCAGCGUGCGAACCAACCGCUACAGCAUCGUGUCUUCGGAAGAGGACGGCAUGAAGCUGGCAACCAUGGCCGUUGCCAAUGGCUUUGGGAAUGGAAAAAGUAAGGUACAUACCAGGCAGCAGUGCAGGAGCCGCUUUGUCAAAAAAGAUGGCCACUGCAACGUCCAGUUUAUUAAUGUGGGUGAGAAGGGACAGCGAUACCUGGCAGACAUCUUCACCACUUGUGUGGACAUCCGCUGGAGGUGGAUGCUGGUUAUCUUCUGCCUGACAUUCAUCCUCUCCUGGCUUUUUUUUGGCUGUGUGUUUUGGUUGAUUGCGCUGUUGCACGGGGAUCUGGAGAACCAGGAAAAUAACAAGCCGUGCGUCUCGCAAGUGAGCAGCUUCACUGCAGCCUUUCUGUUCUCCAUUGAGACCCAGACCACAAUUGGCUAUGGCUUCAGGUGCGUCACAGAUGAGUGUCCCAUUGCCGUUUUCAUGGUGGUUUUCCAGUCUAUAGUGGGCUGCAUCAUUGAUGCCUUCAUCAUUGGUGCCGUCAUGGCAAAGAUGGCUAAGCCAAAAAAGAGAAAUGAAACUCUUGUCUUCAGCCACAAUGCCGUGGUGGCCAUGAGAGAUGGGAAACUGUGCCUGAUGUGGCGUGUCGGAAACCUGAGGAAAAGCCACUUGGUUGAGGCACACGUGAGAGCACAGCUCCUCAAGUCCAGGAUCACAUCAGAAGGGGAGUACAUCCCUUUGGAUCAAAUAGACAUCAAUGUAGGGUUUGACAGCGGGAUAGACCGCAUAUUCCUGGUCUCCCCAAUUACAAUUGUACAUGAAAUAGAUGAAGACAGUCCUUUGUAUGACUUGAGCAAACAAGACAUGGACAAUGCUGACUUUGAAAUAGUAGUCAUUUUAGAAGGCAUGGUGGAAGCCACUGCCAUGACUACCCAGUGCCGCAGCUCAUAUCUGGCAAAUGAAAUCCUCUGGGGCCACCGCUACGAGCCCGUACUCUUUGAAGAAAAAAACUACUACAAAGUGGACUAUUCAAGGUUCCACAAAACAUACGAAGUGCCCAACACACCCAUCUGCAGUGCCAGAGACUUAGCAGAAAAGAAAUACAUUCUCUCGAAUGCAAACUCCUUUUGCUACGAGAACGAGGUGGCCCUCACCAGCAAGGAGGAGGAUGAGAUCGACACGGGGGUGCCCGAGAGCACGAGCACAGACACCCACCCCGACAUGGACCAUCACAACCAGGCAGGAGUGCCCCUAGAGCCACGGCCGCUACGGCGUGAGUCAGAAAUAUGACUGGCGGACAAUUCCUCUCUCUUUUGGUUGAAAGGAAAGAUAAAUAAACAAAUACCUAUCGGUCAAAGGCACAUUGACCUGAGAAGUUGGCCCAGAACAGUUUUCAGACAACGGUACUGUUGAAGAGCGGCGUGAAGGCAAACAGACCUGGGAAAAGCCCGGCUGGUUUGAGGGCUGUCCUCAGAGGAGGGACAACAGAGAAUGAACUCUAAACACAAAGCACUAAACAUGUCUGAGUAUGAACAGAAGGCACAUAUGUUGUAGAAUAAAUUAUGUAUAUAUUUUUUUACAAAACUUGAACUUGCAGGCAAGCUUUGGUUGGGUUAUUAUUAUUUGUUUGUUGUUUUUUUUUUCAACUUUUUCCAGAAUGCUUCUCUCUAGGGAACAAGAAUGUUUUUAAUGGCAUAACAAAGGCAAGAAUCUGCCUUAUUAUUAUUAUUAUAAUUAUUUUUUAAAGAAAGCUGCUGCUAACUACAUGAACACAAAGGGUUAUUUUUGUUGCAGUGUAGUUUUUAUUUUCUCUUGUGUAAUUUAAAAGAAAAAAGAAAAAAAAAAAAGAAAAAAAAAUGGUCAGUGUUGAACUUUUUGGGGUUGAAAAGCUCAUAAUCACUGCAGAGAGGCCGACGUUACCAGAAAGUCUAAACUCCUUUGUUUUUUGAGGCCAGUAGUUUGAUAGCUAGAAUCAAUUUCUCUCUUUCCAAUUACAUAAGGGGCAUUAUGUAAUAUCAGGCCAAUCAGUAGCCUCCAGCAAAAGUAUGAUUUCUGGGGGGGAGAAUUUAAUUCUCUGUCUAAAGGAAGCGAUGAAAUAAAAGAUUAUAUAUGCAUAGAUAAAGUACUAAGUUAAAACUACCUACAUGGAUACCAAAGACAAUGCAGUUUUGCACAGUGGAGUUUAUUUACAGAAAAGAGAAAAAAAAAAAAAGAAAAAAAAGAAAAAUAGAGGGGAAAAAAAGAGGGAAAAAAAAGAGGAACAGGCUGCUUUAAACAAAGAAUUUCAAACCUCAGACACUUUUGGUUUUGUUUGUUUGUUUUGAUUUCUUUUCUUUUUCUUUUUACAACCUUUAUUUUUGCACCUUAUUCUUAAAGCUUAAGACUCGGAUCUAUAGUGAGUGAGGGCCCCUCCUCAUGCCCUUCCUCUGUAAGUGGAAGAAAUCCCUUGCUUGUUUAAGGGGAAGUGCAGUAGGGUGAUGGCAGAUGACAGACCCCCAUCCCCUGCUUGCUCACUGAGUGCAGCAGUGCCUGUGCCCCAUCCCAGCCCCAGCAUCCUGAGCCACUGGGUGUGCUGCUGGGGUGUCACCCAGCCAGAGCUGCAAUGCAGAACAGCUGGAGAGGGCAUUGGGGUGCAGAUGAGCCAAUGCAUAAACCUCACAAAGAGGAAGGAGGAGGGCAGAGGAGAGGGGAAAAAAAAGCUUUCCUGAUGCUUGGGAAUGGCACAGGGGUAACAGUUUUGUGAAGAUGCUUCUCUCCAGCAGGGCAAAGGUGUCAGAAAAAGUGAGGCUGUAAAGCACGUUCCUGCCUCCCGUUCUCCACAAAUAUCAAUGACUGGUGGAUGAAAAACACCACCAGGCUCUGAGUACACUUUGGCUCUGUGGUGUUUGGCUCCUUUGCUCAGGCUGUAGAGCCUCUGUGCCUCCAAGCUGAAGGAUGCACUGCCUUUGUGGCAUGGCACAGCUGCUUGCUGCAGAGGGGAAGUGAUGGGGACAGCAACCCUAGUCCACUCUUACAGUAUUGGAUCACUGUAUGCCAUUAAAAAACAGCUUGUUCUAGGUCUAAUGUCUUCUGCAAACGAAUAUCUGUGAAGGCUGCUGGCCCCUUCCAGCCCUGCCUGAAAGAAAUGCCUGCAAUGAAACAGUGUCUGGUCAGAUGGGAUCUGGGCAUGAAACAGUGGGAAUUUGACAUUGUAAACAUAGACUUGGUGACUGAAGAGGGCAGAUGAUUGAGUGCACGUAGAAGGCGGUUGCUGGGGUGGGGGGAAGUAAAGGAGAGCUGAAUGCAAUGCAACUCGGUUGCAGUUUCUGGGUCAACAUUGGUGAAAACAACUGAGUGCUGCUAGUGCUGCUAUUGUGAUAUACUUGUAAAAGGAAAUACCUAAACCAAAGAGUAUUCGGUGAAACAGAGGGGGCAUGAAAAUGCAAAGGGGGAGGGAUGGAAGUGGGAUGCCAAGGAGGAGGAAAGGUUCCUCUCUUCUGGGUCAGUGUCCCCAGGAGCACAGCGCUCUGCAGGAUGAUACUGGAGAUGGCCGAGGGAAGAGAUGGGGGAGAGGGGGAUGCAGGAUUCUGCUUCUUUCUUUACAGAGAAAUUCAGAGGAAAAAAAAGGAAGGGAAACAAAAAGAAAACAACAGAAAACCACAAAGAUCCUCCCCUCCCCUUCACAUUUCUGGUGCAGAGAUUUGGGCUUUGGGUGUUGGGUUUUUUUUUUCUUUGUUUGUUUUGUGUUUAUUUUUUUUGUUUGUUUGUUUUUCAAGACUUUUUUUUUUCCAGAACUAUUUUUAAAAUGUACAUUUUAUAAAGUUUAUCAAGUAUUUUCAUAUUUAAAGCCAAAUGUAAAUAGCAGUCUGUAAAGGAGAACAAGGAGAAGAAGAGAAAGAAAAGGCCACAAGAAGUAUAAAUUCUGCUCAGCAGUCUCAGCUAGCUCGUACAUAGAUGCUACCGGUUAGCAUGAGUUUUAGCAAAUAAUUGCAAGCCUUAUAGGAUUCCUAAUGCUAUGAACUCCUUAUUUAUUUUUACGCAUGGACUUUUGAGUUGAAAACACCUUCUAGCUACUGGCAUUUUUAAAUUUACCAGCUUUCCCAGUGCUAGUCUUACAGAGGGUGUGCAAUCCAUGGCACUCUCUGCAAUGUUCUUUUUUUCCCCUCUUUUUUUUAACCACCCUUUGUCUUUGCUGAUGGACUCUCACAUUGCAGAACUGCACUCAGCCUCUGGCUCUGGGAAGCUGCUAGAAACUGACCUGCAAUGUGCACGCUGUGGUACCCUUCCCCUAGUCCAUCGUUCUUGUUUUUACCAACAUGCCUUGGUGAGCCCAGUGUAGGACUGACUAUUGUAGCACACUUCUACAGCAGCAGCUGGGUUGGUCAAUGGGAAAAUUUAAGGAGUACAGAGUGGGUGACAGCAUUUGGUCCAUUCCUUAUGAUCCUGGGCUAAGCUGAUGUUUAAGGAGGGGCCCUUUGGACUGACUGAGCUUUACCCAUAAGCUCCUGCAGGGCUGGUCUCUUUACCAAGGACAAUUGGCUCAGCUGGCUCGCACAGAAGGUUUAUACUGUAUUUUGCUUAGGGUCUGGGGGGAAUAUGUUAUUUCUGCCCUUCCCUGAAAAUACUUGAACGAGACACUUAUUGUCUGAAACACAAUACUGCAUACAGUGACAAAGAGCAUUUCUGAGGCAGGUUGGGAUCUCUUCUUUCCUUUGUCUCUUCUGUGUGAGCCGUCUGCUGGUAGGUAACGGGGGUCAAGUCCUUAUUGGCUGUACCUAAUGAUACUCGCCCAGACAUGAUACACUUGUGUUGUUCAUUUAGCACUUGCUCUUCCCGGUAAAGACAAAGUUGUCCAGGAAUUUGAUUUGUUCUCUUAGGUCUUCUUUUUCAUAAUGGAUUACAAGGUAAAACUGAGAAGUACUGUAAUGUCUUUAAAUUAUGGCUGCUCACAACCAUUGUAAAGUAGAAGGGUGCUGCGUAGUUGCCAUCCCACAGCCAAUGAGAAACUGAUUUUGUAAUGACUUUUGGCCUCCAACUAUUGUAAGGUGAACAAUUUAGACAUCUGACAGUUGUCCAUUACUAUUUUCCUGUUUGCAGCCUUUUUGUAUCAAAGUCUUCCUAAUGUACUGCACAAAUUGUGGAUUGUACAGAUUUUUAUAUAUUAUGUCUUAUUUUAUUAUUUCUAAAUAAAUAAUAAUAAAAAAAAUAAAUACCUUGAGAA